GGAUGGAUGAUACAUCAUCGAGGUCGACAUGGCCCAUGAACCCUGUAAUAAGAUCGGCAACGGCAUUGGGCGGCCUGCGCCCUGCAGCAGACCAGCUCGACGUGCUUGAAUGUUGAAACCUGGCAGUCCUGCUUGUUUACACUUGACAACAAAAAAGCUCAACAUCAUGGCGCAAAACGUUUACCGCGCAAAAGAAGAGGUUUUCUUCGACGAUGGAAGGGAGAUUGAAUUGCUGCACUUCGUGUACGGCAAGGAGAACAUCAACGAAUUGCGAAACAACCCCGAUCGAGUCCUCGCGGCCAUUGACGAAUAUGCAAGAACAAAAAAAUACUUGAUGAAUGUGGGCGAUAAGAAAGGUGCGAUUGUGGUGGAUGAGAUCACAUCUCGGAAGCCAGAAGUCAUGGUUGAGCUCGGUGGCUAUGUUGGAUAUUCGACGAUUCUGUUCGGACAGGCUGUGCGCAAUGCCGGCGGGCAGAGAUAUUGGUGUCUUGAGAGGAGCCCGGAAUUCGCGGCCGUCAUCAUGGCCUUGAUCGAUCUUUCUGGACUCAGCGACACGGUCAAGGUUAUCGUUGGUCCAAGCGAUGAAUCGAUUCAUCGAUUGCACUCCUCGGGCGCCCUGCAAAACAUCGACAUGCUGUUCAUGGACCAUUACAAGCCAGCCUACGUGACCGACCUCAAGCUCUGCGAAGAGCUGAAGCUCAUCACCCCCGGUACCGUUCUCACGGCCGACAACGUGAUUGAGCCGGGAAAUCCGCCGUAUCUGAAAUACGUCCGCAGCACUUGUGAGCAGAAGAGGAAUGUUACAAAAGAGGUGAAGGUCAAUGGAGCGGAGGAGAAAUUUCCCGACCGCACGGCGAAUCAAUACAAACGCCCAGAGAAGUUGAAUCACUCUCUCCUGGGUGAUCCGAAUUUGAUAUAUCAGUCGCGGCUAGAACACAGCUUCGAGCCGACUGGAGAACCGGAUGGUGUCGAGAUUACACGGUGCGUUGGAGUAGAAGCUGCGUGAGUUAGAGACAAUGAUUGUAGUUCGUGUCGUAAUGCGCAAGCGGCACUUGGUAACGUGCUCGACCCACUUCAUGCACCUCGGUCUUGAC